AUGGCCUCGACCGCCCUCAUCGAUGCCGACAUGGCGCCGACACUCCAGUCCAUCCUCGACCAGAAGACACUCCGGUGGAUAUUCGUUGGCGGAAAAGGUGGUGUUGGCAAGACGACGACAUCGUGUUCGCUCGCCAUCCAGCUUGCAAAGCACCGCAGAUCAGUUCUCCUCAUCUCGACCGACCCCGCCCACAAUCUAUCGGAUGCCUUCAACCAGAAGUUUGGCAAGGACGCGCGACUCAUCAAUGGCUUCGAUAACCUCAGCGCCAUGGAGAUCGAUCCCAACGGAAGUAUACAGGAUUUGUUGGCAAGUGGAGCAGAAGAGGGUCAGGAUCCUAUGGCUGGCCUGGGCGGAAUGGGCAGCAUGAUGCAGGACCUCGCAUUCAGCAUACCUGGUGUAGACGAAGCCAUGUCGUUUGCCGAAGUGCUGAAGCAGGUCAAGUCCAUGUCGUACGAAGUCAUCAUCUUCGAUACGGCGCCCACCGGACACACGCUCCGCUUCCUCCAGUUUCCCACUGUCAUGGAAAAGGCCCUUUCCAAGGUCUCACAGCUCUCCCGCCAGUUUGGACCCAUGCUCAACUCCUUUCUUGGCUCGUCCGGUAGACUACCAAACGGACAGAACAUGGAUGAGCUGAUUCAGAAAAUGGAAGCGUUACGUGAGACGAUAGGCGAGGUCAAUGGCCAAUUCAAGGACGCCGAUCUUACAACAUUUGUCUGUGUGUGCAUUCCCGAGUUCCUUAGUCUGUACGAGACGGAGCGCAUGAUUCAAGAACUCAACAGCUACGAGAUUGAUACACACUCGAUUGUCGUCAAUCAGCUGCUGUUCCCCAAGCAAAGCAACCCCUGCGAGCAAUGCAACGCGCGACGGAAAAUGCAAAAGAAGUAUCUUGACCAGAUCGAAGAACUGUAUGAUGAGUUCAACGUGGUCAAGAUGCCGUUGUUGGUUGAGGAAGUGCGAGGCAAAGAAAAACUUGAGAAAUUCAGCGAAAUGCUCGUAAACCCCUUUGUACCUCCGCAGUAA